ACACUUUGCAACAAUCAGCAUCGCAGAAACAUCUCACCAACAUCAAUAAAAAAAGAAAGAAGAAAAGAUCAGGGAGAGAAUUGCUUAACUAGUAAAAAGUUAUCAAUAAUGGCUUCUUCUAGGAUGUUCAUGAUCAUUGCCAUUGUUGCAGUCUUUCUUCCUUCAAUUUUGGCAACAGAACAUGUGGUUGGUGACAAGACAGGUUGGAGACCAGGCUUUGAUUAUAAAACCUGGGCUCAGGGAAAAACAUUUUACGUGGGAGACACCCUUGUUUUCAAGUAUACAGCAGGAGCACACAAUGUGUUGAGAGUUAACGGAACUGGAUUCCAAGAGUGCAAGGCAGCUGAUGAUAUCGUGCCCUUGACUACAGGAAAUGAUGUGAUUCCACUCUCAACUCCUGGAAAUAAAUGGUACAUUUGUGGUGUGGCCAAACACUGUGAGUCUGGGAACCAGAAAGUUUCCAUAACAGUGUUGCCUCAAUUCGGAUCUCCUGCAACAUCACCUUCUCCCAGCCCAACUGGUACCUCGCCAUCCGGAGCAGCAGGCGACAUUGCUUCUAGUUCUAGAUACCAUGGGUUGAUUGUGGCCAUUGUAGGGAUUUUUGGGAUGAUCAUGUUCUGAUUUUCAUAAUGAUGUUAUCCAAGGAUUAUUAUUCUUUUCUAGUCUUU